AUGAGUUUAGAAUCAGCAACUUCAUUAAAAUUAUUUUCUCAUCCUAUUGAUACAUUAAAAUUUUUUUAUUAUUAUAUUCUUCGUCAAAUAAAAACAUUAUAUAAUUAUGUUAUUCAUUCAACUCUAAUUCUUAUUAUUUUAUCAGUUUUAGUUCUUCAUAUAAUAUUGUCAAUUUUUACACCACCAUUUUUACAUUCUUAUUUAUUAACAACAAAUUUCAUAAUCAAAUAUAUUCUUUGGUGGUUUGGAUUAGGUGUACUUUCUUCUGUAGGUUUAGGAACAGGAAUGCAUACUGGAUUAUUAUUCCUUUUCCCACAUAUUCUCAAUGUAUGUUUAGCUGCAUCUGCAUGUCAUUCAAUGAAUUUUACAUCAUAUAGUGAUAUUUGGUUUAAUUCAAAUAGUUUUAAAUGUUUAACAAUUAUUGAUGAAACACAAACAAAUCCAUCAUUUGUCCAAAUAUUUCUUCGAGUAUUUUUACCAUGUUUUAUUUGGGGAGUAGGAACAGCAUUUGGUGAAAUUCCACCAUAUUUCUUAGCAUAUACAAGUGCUAUGGCAGGAAAAGAAAAUAGAGAAAUAUUACAUUUAAAAGAAGAAAAACCAACAAAUAUUAUUUCUAAAAGUAUUCAAUGGAUGCAAUUAAUAAUGAUUGAUAUGGUUAAUAAAUAUGGAGUAUGGGCUAUUGUUGCACUUUCAGCAUGGCCAAAUGCAGCAUUUGAUUUAUGUGGAAUGUGUUGUGGUUAUAAUUUAGUUCCACUUCAAACAUUUCUUGGAGGAACAAUUAUUGGUAAAGCAUUUAUUAAAGUUAAUCUUCAAGCAAUCUUCUUUAUCACAAUAUUUAGUAGAGAACAUCUUGAUUUAUUUGUUUCAUUUUUGAAACAUAUUAGUAUUAAAUUAGCUAUUAUUGUUAAUGACCUUCUUGAUCAAACUGCAGAACAAUUCACAAAUGUUGAUAUUGAAAAGCCUAAACCAUUAAUUAGUUAUCUUUGGAAUGGAAUGAUUAGUUUAAUUAUUAUUUAUUUUGUAAUUUCAUGUAUUGAACAAUUAGCUCAACAAGAGGCAAUUCACCAAUAUCUAGAAACAAAAAGUUCUAAUGAAAAUGUUUGUGCUAAAUCAAAACAAGAAUAA